AUGUUUACCAUACCAUGUAAGGUAGACAAUGUCUCGGUAAAUCAAACCAUGUUGGACUUGGGGGCAUCAAUUAAUGUUAUGCCAUAUGCCAUCUACUCAUCUUUGGAUGUAGGGCCCCUAAAGCCAACCGAUAUGGUAAUGCAACUAGCGGAUAGGUCUAUUGUCUAUCCUAAAGGGGUAUUAGAGGACAUGCUUGUUCAAGUGGAUGAAUUAGUCUUUCCAAAAGAUUUUUAUGUUAUAGAUAUGGAGGAGAAAAAUGCCUUCAAGGCCGGUAUGCUUUUGCUAGGUAGACCAUUUUUGAAAACCUCUAAGACUAAGAUAGAUGUCCAUAGUGGUAGUUUGACCAUGGAAUUCGAUGACGAGAUGAUUAAAUUUAAUAUAUAUGAUGUCAUGCGAUAUCCGAGUGAUGUUUCAUCUUUAUGCUUUGUUGAUAUUAUCGAGUCUUUAUCUGAUACUAUGUUUGAUCUAUCUAAUGAGGAUGUGUUAGAAGUGAUUCUAGACAGGGAUUUAACGAGUGGAAAUUUGAAGAAGCUUGCCCAAGAGUACAAGCUUGAUGAUGAUUUUGCAGAAUUGGUGUAUUGGAUGGAGAAAGGGCGAGUACCAAAGCCAAGGUAUGAAGUCUCUAAAAUAGAUUUUCCUAUAUCUCACACUAGACUUUUGCCUUCUAUUGAACAGGCACCCGAGCUAGAGUUGAAGACGCUACCACAUCAUCUGAAGUACGCCUACUUGGGAGAUAAAGAGACCCUUUCGGUGAUCAUAUCUGCGACACUAUCACCGAAGGAAGAAAGAGAGCUUGUGGAUGUUUUGAAGGAGCACAAGAGGGUGAUUGGAUGGACCAUCACUGACAUCAAGGGCCUUAGUCCCUCACUUUGCCAGCACAAGAUCCUAUUAAAGGAAGCGUACAAGCCAUUCUGA